UUGAAAUAAAAAUUCAAUUUAGACAACAAAAAAAAUAAAAAGAGUAUUGUAUAAAUUAUGAUUGCAUCGAAACAAGAAAAUAUAUUUUCGCCGGGAAAUUCAUUUUCAUCCCAAACGAGACGGAAAAGCAAAAAUAGAAUUCCCGCGUUUUAAAGAUGAAAUGAAAUUGGCGCCAUCUUACCUUUGUCAAUCAUAUAUCCAAUUACAAUAACGAAUACUCAACUAUCAAAACCAAAUCAAAACAAACAAAAAAUCUCAGAAAAUGUAUAUUUAAAUGUAUUAGGAUUAUACUCUUAUCAACAAAUACGGCGGCCAUUUAAAUUAUAUUUGUUAUAAAUGAUUUUCGCAAUCAUUCGAAUGAUGUUGAUGUGGAAUUUAGUUUCGAUCGACAGCUUAGUCGUUAACAAGCAGCCAGGAAAUACUUCGAAUAUGAGCGUUUUUAUCAAAAAUUCUCAAGACAACUACAGUGUCUCUCGUAAACCUUUCGUUAUAUCCAAACAGGCAAUCUUGGAUCUGUUCAAGGUUAAUGUUAGAAAUGCCAGGUUGAAGAGAAUCCGUUCGUCAAGUUAUCUAGCAAAAAAUACUACAAGUGCUAUCAAGGCAGAAAGUUGGCAUCCAAGAAACUAUAGUAGUCAGCAUAUUCCUAGCAAUCAAAAUGAUAGUUCUAAUCAAACUGUAAAUGAAUCCACCAUAUCGUUAAUCAAAGUAAGGGUAAUCCUCUUGCAUUUCAAAAGUGACGAUCGCAAAAAUGAGCGUUUGCUAUACGAAAUAUGGAUGACUUUGCUAGCGAUUUUAUGCUUUUUCGUGACCAUUCUACUCAUAUUCACUUAUUGCUUGGACACCUCCCGAUUCAAGUACCCAGAGAAGCCUAUAAUCUACUACUCCGGUUGUUACUGGGUUUAUUCGAUCGCGUAUUUGAUCCGAAAAUUUAUGUUCAUGUCAUCCCCGAUAAACUCAUCGUGGUCAGUUAUGGGUCAGGUAGACAGCGCGAUCUUUAGCUCUUCCGAUAGAGCAACGUGGCUCGCUUCCCAGGGUUCGUUCUCGACCAAUCUACAUGCCACCCUCAGCAACAAAAACGGUUCAAACGUAUCCUGUCUCCAAAUAAAUUCCAGCACCACUCUAUUGGUGUUGCUGUAUUACUUCGAAGGCGCAGCCUCGCUCUGGUGGGUCGUAUUAACGAUAUCUUGGUUUCUAGCCGCGGUCAAAAAAUGGGGCCACGAGGCUAUUCGUAACCUCAAUCUAUUGUUUCAUUUGGUGUGUUGGAUAACUCCCGCGAUAUUUACCAUCGCGUUGUUGUUGCUCACACCAGAUAGGAAUGGCGAAGACGUAACCGGUAUUACGAAAAUAUUGAACCAGAAUAAAAAUAAAAUACCGGAACUUGAUAAUUAUACGCCGAAACUAGAAUUAAAUUUAUUAAACGCCAAUCUCUCAGUUAUCGAUGUAUGCGAACAUUUCUUUGUUUUAAAACCAGGGCUAGGAAAUUUCGAAGAGAAUAUAAACGUUCUGCGAGAUGGAUCACAAUUACCGUGUUUAUUUUAUUGUACUCUUAGAGACGAUUUUCCAGUUGUUCUUUUAAGAACGCUAAACAUUAGGGUUGACAGCGAUCGCGAUGACAGGACAUUUUAUAAUAUGCUGUAUCUGAUGCCCACUCUGGUCAGCUUGGUCAUAGGAUCCGUAUUCAUAUUCAUGGGAAUCGUGUCGAUACAAAGACUCAAAAAAGUUAUCAAAAUAUCGCAUUCUAAUGCUCUCAAACUUGAGCGGUUAAGCUUCAAGACUUCCCUAUUCGCCGUUCUCUACCUUUUGUUCAAGAUAGUAUUGGUCAUCAACGUAAUAUUUCACGAUUAUUUUUGGGCAGCUCGAAUCGACAAAAAUAUGCCGGAAAAUUUUAACGUAACCUUGUUACCUACGAAUGCUGCCCUUGACUUCGAGAAACUCGAAAAUAAUAUUACGAAAUGUGACAUUGACCUUGAGUGCGCAGACUCCAUCAUUACUCCGUUUAAUAAAAAAUUUGCUAGUAAAAAUGAUGAUUUACGGUUUAUUAUCUCGAAUAAUGGCACGUGCAAUCAUACGACUGGUAGAAACGAUAGAAAGGUAGGCGAUUCUCCUCCAAGCGCAACGUGGCGAGAUAAAUUCAAUAACAGCUGUUUUAUCAUUAAAGCAACGACAAAUAUUCACGAUAAUAUGACCAUCAUUAAAACGAUCAAACAAAUAUUGAAUAAAACCGAGGACCACCAGCGUGACGCUAAAAUUCUGAAAUAUGACUAUAUUAUCAUAGUAACUUUCCCGACCGAAAAAUUAUACUACAAAACAUUAGAUAUAUCAUCAACUAGCAAUCAAGAUAUCGGGAAAUUAAAUCUAAAACUCGUGACGUAUAUAAAUAACUCCGGUGGAUUUCACCAUCUCAGUUUAAUCCUCUUUUUCUCCCUCUUCUCCGGAAUUUUUGCUGGAAUAUGGGUGUUCAAUACCAAAACUUUGAGGAGUUGGUCCAAGUUUUUCAAAUUCAUUUUUAGCUCUUUGUACUCUCUAAACGCGAAUCUCUAUCAAAAAACGUGCAAAAGCAUCCAAAAGCAUCCUCAACUUCAAUCAGCUAUGCUAUUUUGUAUAAAAAAUUUCAACAAGUCGCUGAGUCAAAGUUCUAAACUAAAUCAUGAUAAAAUGUCUGGUUACAACAACGGUGAUAGUUGCCGAAUAAGCUUGAUAAACGAUAACGAUGGCGAAUAUUUACAAAAUCAUCAUAAAAAAGAUAAUAAAUGUAUGUGCGCGUACAAUGUUCGCGAAUUAUCGUAUGAUGCUUAUAAUCGAAAUGGAUUCUCUAACCAAGAUGAAGAGUUUAAAUGUCGGCACGAAGAUGAUGCGCAGCGAAUAAAUCAAAUCAAAAUGAGGGUCAGGCAUACCUUAAAUUCCGUGUACAGUAACCACGUACCCAAUUUCUAUUGGUCAAAUUCGAAAACGUCCAUCAAAGAGAUUAGAGCUACAAUUCCAAAAAAAUAUGCAGAAUCUUUAAAAGGCUACCCAAUCUGCCCCAAAUACUCGACUAUACGAAAAUCGAUUUCCAAUUUUUCUUUGCGAGCCCACAUUAAUUGCGGCGAAAUGAUAGAUUACAUUAAAAUAGAUGGCAGAAUGGGCAAAUAUCGAAAAUACAAAAGAUUCGCGUAUAAUGAUAUUAACGACGUCCGCGAUACGUAUUAUAAACGUCUGAACGCGACCAAAUGGUUGGCGUUACAAAAUAGAUUCACCCAAUAUUCCAGGGUCAAGAUGUGUUCUAAAAGGGCGGAUUAUUUUUUGACUCUUAUAUAACGGAAUUUAGGCCGGAAAUGUAAAAUACCCGCGAAUUUUGGACUCUGGGAAAUAUUCUCGAGAACUGCAUUUGGCGUAUAAAAUUUUGUCGAUAGUUAAAAUAAAAAAAAUACAUAAUACCUCACAUCAUUUAUCCGUAUAAUAUUUAUGAAAAUUAUUAUAUUAUUUUUUUAUUAAAAAAGAAAUAUAUAUUUUAUAUUUGCGAUUACUUUCAUUAAUAUAACCUUAUACAAUUA